CUUUGGGGCGCGGCGGCGGGCAGAGAGGCAGGCACCACUGCCUUGCGUGUGAGUGCGCCUCACUCACAUACCUAACCCAAGGAGCGCCUAAGGGCAGCCUGUCCAGCAGCCCCCCUCGGAAGCCCGGGAAAGCCGCACUUCGGUGGCCCCAGAAGAGCACAGCGGAGACCACCACGAGCCCCCGACACGGGGCGCACAGGAGCCGGGAAGCCCGACGCGGGGGGCAAGCAGACCGCCCGGGCCAGGCGCGAGCCAAGCUCCCCGAGGUGGCCGGGUCACCAUGCUGAAGAUGGCCCUGAAGCUCAAAGCCCGAGCGGCCGAGAGCGAGAGGAAGACGGCCGCGGCUGCCGCCGAAGUGGCUGCCGAAGCUGCCGUGGCGGCUGCGGCGCUGGCCGAGCCGCUGGCCCCUCAGAGGAACGGGGACCCCGGGAAGCUCCCCAAGUCCGGCAAGGUCCCCGGGAACGCCGGGCGCGAUGUGCCGCGCGAAAAGUUGCUCACCGAAAAAGAGCGCAGGAAGCUAGAGAAGAAGUGGCUGGAGCAGAGGAAAAAAGAGGAGAAGAAGAGAGAGAAGGAGAGGAAGAAGUUGGAGAAGAUGUUGAAGAAGAAGAAGAAGAAUGUGCCAGAAGCCCGGGCAGAGGCCCGCGGCCCCGGGGUCGCCGCCGGCGCCGCUGCCGCCGCAGGCGCCGCAGACGGGGCCGCCACGGAGGGCGCCGCCGGGCGCGGAGGGGGCGCCGCCGUCGGGGGCGCGAGUAGGGCCUGGGCCGAAUGGGACACUGACUCCGGAGAUGAAGACGACGCCUACUAUGCGCCUCCUCGUGUCGGAGGCGUCGUGUGGAGGCCCGGGCCCGCCAAGGCCGGAGCGAUGAGCGCGCACAUGCCCCUCGUGGUGUUCCUGGUGUUCUCGGUGCGCAGCCCGUCGUGGGUGCUCAACUUCCUGCUGCAGAGGCGCACGGAGCAGGGCCGGGGCUGCGGCUUCGUGUUCGGGGCGACCUGCUGCUUCCGAGUGUUCCUGGGCUGCGCCUUCUUCUCCUUCCUGAGUGGCCGUGGCAAGCGCAGAGGCCGUGGGCGCUCCCGGGCCAGGGGCACGGGGCGCCGGGGGCGCGCCGAGCGGCUCAUCUAGUCAGGCCCCCCCACCCCCCC